AUGGAGGGUGCGAAACGGUUACAAGGAAACUCAUUACUGUUACAAGGAAACUCAUUAUCACUUUUCAGUGAAGGCAUCGGCUUUGUUUUGUUGCGUUGGUCCACUCUUCGUGACGCCGUCGAGAACCAGUGGGGUGGCCCUGACUCCCGCCUCAAGGCCGAUAACCUCGCCACCGAUAUCCUCUCCUGGUUCACUCAAUCCAGAGAGCGGCUUGAUAUUGAUGACUUGAAGGAUAAACUCGAUGAUGGCAUGCUUUCGCUCCAUGUAGAGGUUGACUAUGGCAGCAUUAAAGAGGUAGCUGAAAAUCUAAUGGAUAUGCAUGAGGAAUGCUUAGAAGGAAACUUUGUGACCAUUGAGCGUUAUAGGCAGGCCAUUGUUAACCAAGCUGCGCAUCCUCGUGCAGUGCCACAGAUUGUGAAUGAUAAGGAUGAUGAUGAGGAUGAGGAAGAUGAUGAUGUCCAAGGUGGUCAAAAUGGUGAAAGCAGUGUUAGGCAAGCUACUUCUUCAAACAUGGAUGUGGACAUUCCAAAAUCUGAAUCAAACAUGAGUUCAGGUAACAUGCGGAUUGAUGAUGAGCCUCUCAAAAAGAAUGCAGGUGAAGCAGAGGAUGGAUGGGUUGUAGUUUCAAAGAAAAAAAAAUAA